CAAGAUAGCAAAGGAAUCCUUAAAUUUAUUUUUAUCAACAUGACGAACGUUCCGGAAAACUGCAAGGUGCUGGUCGUCGGUGGUGGGCCAGCUGGCUCAUAUGCCGCCUCGGCUCUUGCGCGGGAGGGAAUCGAUGUGGUCCUUCUUGAGGCAGAGAAGUUUCCUAGAUAUCAUAUCGGUGAAAGCAUGCUUCCGUCGAUGCGACACUUUCUGAAGUUUAUUGACGCCUACGAAAAGUGGGAUGCCCAUGGUUUCAAUGUCAAGAACGGAGGUGCCUUCCGUCUCAACUGGUCCAGACCUGAAACAUAUACGGAUUUCAUCUCAGCCGGUGGACCAGGCGGUUACGCCUGGAAUGUCAUCAGGUCUGAGGCAGACGAACUGUUGUUCAAGCAUGCAGCUGAAUGUGGCGUGAAGACAUUUGACGAAACCAAGGUGGCAUCAAUCGAGUUUGCUCCCCCAUCCGGAGAUGGGCAUCCCCUUGGCCGCCCCGUAUCUGCUACUUGGACUCGCAAGGACGGGACCUCUGGCACUCUUUUCAUGGAUUACAUCGUUGAUGCCUCGGGUAGAAAUGGUCUUAUCAGCACCAGGUAUCUCAAGAACCGUUCCUUCAACAAGGGGCUGAAGAACGUUGCCAGUUGGGGCUACUGGAGGGGAGGUGGUGUUCACGGUGUCGGCACACACAAAGAGGGUGCUCCGUAUUUCGAAGCACUCAAAGAUGCUAGUGGAUGGGUAUGGUUUAUCCCUCUGCACAACGGCACCCAUUCAGUAGGUGUUGUGCAAAACCAAGAGAUGGCUACGGAGAAGAAGCGAAAAAUGGCCGAGCCUUCCUCCAAGGGCUUCUACCUGGAGUCUUUAGAGUUUGUCCCGGGUAUCAAAGAACUGCUUUCUAACGCGGAGCUCGUAUCGGAGGUCAAGUCAGCUUCUGACUGGUCAUACAGCGCUUCCAGCUAUGCCUUCCCUGGUGUGCGCAUUGCUGGGGAUGCUGGAUCCUUCAUUGACCCCUUCUUCUCUUCUGGUGUUCACUUGGCUCUCUCCGGAGGUUUGUCGGCAGCAACUACCAUUGCAGCGGCCAUUCGCGGGGACUGCGAUGAGAAUGUUGCGGCGUCGUGGCACGACAAGAAGGCAUCCGAAAGCUACACACGUUUCCUCUUGGUUGUGUCGAGUGCAUUGAAGCAGAUCCGGUCUCAAGACGAGCCCGUAAUCAGUGACUUUGACGAGGAUAGCUUUGAAAGAGCCUUUGACCUGUUCAGACCCAUUAUCCAGGGACAGGCUGAUGCCGAUGCCAAGGGCAAGCUGACCCAAGCUGAAAUGUCCAAGACGGUCGAGUUCUGCUUCAGAGCAUUUGCGCAUGUCUCAUUUGAGGAGAAAGAGGCUCUCGUGAAAAAGCUCAAGUCACUCGGUCAUGAUGGUGAUGCUAAUGAUGAGAAGAAUCGCAAGGCUCUCGAUGAACUUGAGAAGCAUCUGACGCCAGAGGAGCAGGCAAUUUUGAAGACGUUGAAGGGGCGGCGCAUGGUCCGCCCCGAGGAUUCGCUCAACAUUGACAAUUUCACUGUAGACGCCAUCGACGGUCUCGCACCUCGUUUGGAGAAGGGAAACCUCGGACUGUCCGCAGCGAAGAAAGCAGAGAUUAAAUACACAACCCAUGAUCCACUUUCCUUCCUCAACGGCGAAGCCAGAGCAGCCAAGAAGACGCUUUGCAAAGACCAUGCUGAGACCAAUGGAAACCACACCACUAAUGGCUAUUCACAGAUCAAUGGUCAUAUUGAGACCAAUGGUGAUAUCCCGACUAAUGGCCAACCGCAGAACAAUGGUCAUACCAAUGGCCAUGCCCACACCAAUGGAAACCAUUCGACCAACGGCCAUAGUGAGGCAAAUGGACAUAGCAAUGUCGAGGAGCGCUCCGUCAAAAGCUGCAUGGCAGACCUCAUGGCGGCCGAGAAGAGCUCAUCGCAGACGCCAUUUGAUGAAGCCACUAGGCACCGUUUGAUCUCGUCGCUGCACCAAUCGGCCGAGGACCUUGAGACUCCCUUUGACACAGUGGUGCGAUAUGUUGAUGCGGUAAGUAGAAGAAAUAAUAGCAGAUGCAAAUGCGUCUCGUUUCAUCAGGUUAUGUAUACUAAUGAAGCUCUGCAAUUAGGGUCGACAAACCGCGAUGGUUUGUAUAGGGGGGGACCUUGGGAUCUUCAAGUCCCUUGUGGAGAGCAAGCAACCGUUGUCAGCCAAAGAGCUGGCCAGGGCUACUAAUGCUGACCCGCUGCUCGUCAGUCGCAUCAUGCGCUACAUGGCCGCCAGUCGUCUGGUCGGAGAGACAGGGCCUGACCAGUACGUAGCCAGCAAGAAGACGUACGUCUUUGCCGACCCGCGCAUCGAGCAUCCCAUCCGAUUUUUCCACGCCGUCAGCAACCCUGCAUUCCACGCUCUGCCUGAAUUCCUCAAGGAAACGGGAUAUCGGAACGAAACCCACGGUAGUGCGUUUCAAAAGGGUCUCGGCACGGAACUGGAACCUUAUCCCUGGCUUAAGCAGCACCCGGAUGUUUUGAAGAACUUUCAGGCUGCCAUGCGCCUUACCAGAGACGCCAACGGUGUGGAUAUGAUCCCCU